GAGCGUACACAUUGCACAGAUUGCGCGUUCACGCCAACGACACUGACUUAACUUCUGGUGGAAUCAGCGUGGAAGUUCGGAGAGUCUAAAGCCGCAGUCGAGUUCAAAACUGUGGAACUUUCGGUGACCUCGAAGCAGCAAAGUGACCAUGGACGACCUGGAUGCCUUACUAGCUGACCUAGAGUCGACGACAUCCCACAUUUCAAAGCGACCAGUGUUCUUGCCUGAUGAGACGCCCUACUCCAUCCCCACCAGUGAAAACUAUUACCAGGAUCUAUCAGUUCCACCUCCAGUACCACCUCCACCGACAGCCGAGGCUCUCAACGGUUCAGUGCGAGACCACAAAGACUCGCAGCACUCCUCUCAGCAGUCUCUAGGUUCGGCCCAAAAGAGCUCAUGGUCGGGGGACAGAAGCAGUUCUCCACAGUCUCACACUGAAGAAGACCACGUCUACAGCUUUCCUAACAAACAGAAGUCAUCAGACUCAUCGACAGCAGCCAUGACCUCAGCCCUCGGCAGCAACCUCUCAGAACUUGACAGGCUACUGCUAGAGCUCAAUGCGGUUCAGCAGAGCUCCCCUUCCUUCCCCACUACAGAGGAGAGGGCACCGCCCUUGCCAUCCACAAGCAUCACACACUAUGAAAAUGGCAAUACUCCUGAAAUCCGAAUUAGCCCACCCCUUCAUGAGGAGCCCAAGAGAAAUGGAACAAAGUCGGAUGAGGCUCGGCCAACAGUGGAGAGUCUUUUGGAUGAGCUGGAGGGUUCAGUGCCCUCAACAAGUGGUUUGGACAGUCCCACUCAGCAACAAGCCCGGAUUUCAGCUUCUUGUGCCACAAGAGAGUUGGACGAGCUGAUGGCCUCCUUGUCCGACUUCAAGAUGGCUCAAGGCAAGGGGGGUUCUCCGGGCAGUGCCAAGACACAGGUCAACAAGCUGGACAACAUGCUCGGGAGCCUGCAGUCUGACCUCAACAAACUGGGAGUGCAGACUGUCGCUAAAGGAGUUUGUGGCGCCUGCUUGAAGCCAAUCGUGGGCCAGGUUGUAAUCGCCAUGGGCCGCACGUGGCAUCCUGAACACUUUGUGUGCACGCACUGUCAAGAGGAGAUCGGCUCCAGAAACUUCUUUGAGCGUGAAGGACAGCCCUACUGUGAGAGAGACUACCACAACCUUUGCUCGCCACGAUGCCACUACUGCAACGGGCCCAUUCUCAAUCAAGUUGUGACCGCGCUGGACAAAACCUGGCAUCCCGAACACUUCUUCUGCGCUCAGUGCGGAUGCUUUUUCGACCCAGACGGGUUUCAUGAAAAGGAUGGAAAGGCAUACUGCAGGAAGGAUUACUUUGACAUGUUUGCACCAAAGUGCGGUGGUUGUGCCAGAGCCAUUGUGGAGAACUACAUCUCAGCGCUCAACUCCCUUUGGCACCCAGAGUGUUUUGUUUGCCGGGAGUGCUUCACGCCAUUUGUGAACGGAAGUUUCUUCGAGCACGACGGCCAGCCUUACUGUGAAGUCCACUACCACGAGCACCGCGGCUCUCUGUGCUCCGGCUGUCAGAAGCCCAUCACGGGCCGCUGUAUCACGGCCAUGUCCAAGAAGUUCCACCCGGAACACUUCGUCUGUGCUUUCUGCCUCAAGCAGCUAAACAAAGGCACCUUUAAAGAACAAAACGACAAACCCUACUGCCAUGGCUGCUUUGUCAAGCUGUUCAGUUAAGGAGUGCAGGAGCUUCUAUACGUGUGGUACUGCACACUCUAUUUUGGGUCAGGGUCUAGAAAAGUAAGGUUUAAAGCCUAUAAUUUGUAACAGAGUAGGUCUUUAGCUUUUUAAAGUGUAUGGAUUGAGUACAUGUAUAGUCUGAACAGGGGUGCCCAAAAGGGCCAAAGUCAAAAUGCGCCAAUGGGUCUCCGUGAUUUGAAGUGUGAAACACAAAUAGCCUUGAUGUCAAUUUUUAAAAAAACAUUCAAUGACGUGUUCGUCUUGUGGAAAUGCCAGCAAGGAUUAUGCAAGCUUAAGGGGUGUCCUGAUUGGAGCCUUGAGGAUCCGAUUUAAAGGUUUGAUGGAGAGAAAUUAGUCAAAACAAGAACAUUUUGGAGGGAUGAAAAAACACAAAACAUUUUACAAUUAACCAGGAUCGUCCGAACUUUCUACUGAGGGCCGCAGACUGAAAAACCAAAGGAUGUUGGGGCCAUUUUGAAAAUGUUUCACGUGCAAAUGAAGUGAAGUGAAUUAUAUUUAUAUAGCGCUUUUUCCUCAAGUGACUCAAAGGGCUUUACAUAGUGAAACCCAAUAUCUAAGUUCCAAUUAAACCAGUGUGGGUGGCACUGGGAGCAGGUGGGUAAAGCGUCUUGCCCAAAGACACAACGGCAUUGACUAGGAUGGCGGAAGCGGGGAUCGAACUUGCAACCCUCAAGUUGCUGGCACGGCCGCUCUACCAACCGAGCUAUACCGCCCCUAUAAUACAAUUUUUUUUUUUUCUAAAAAUGUUAUCAGCGCAGAGCUUAUUUUCUGUUACGCCCCUCCCAUAGGGAGAAGAAAACAACUAUAAUAGUAUUAUAUGUAUAUAAAAAUGUUGUAAGGACACCUGUGCAUAUGUAUCCUAAUUAACAUGAAAGAAAACAAAAAAUAAAUAUAGAUCAACUUACAACAAAAAACUUUAUCAACAUUUUUUUCAGUCAGAACACAAAAUAUUUCAAGUGCAUUAAUUUGCCUGAAAACAAGUCAUCUUAUUUAAACUGUAAGCAUCUUUUGACCGAAUUCAUUCAUUUAAGCUCAGGACGCAGUAUGUUGAUGGAUGCGGACACAUUUGUUACUGGAGCCUUUGUGUUUGUAAGUAAUAUGCAACUAUAAAUAUUUAUAGUUGUAAACAAUUGUGUUUUGGACUGCAACUUUCACUUCAAGACACUCAUUACAUAUGGCUAGUUUGUGUGCUGAGCUGCUGUGUAGCUGCUAGCUCAUCGUAGCCUGUGACUACCCAUAUUUACCUUUGCUUGGUGCUUAUUGAAUGACUUUUUGCAGCUGCUUGUAUCGGAUAUUAUACCUGAGAUUACUCCUUUCAAGAUGAUAUAAUCCCAUAUUAUUAUUAUUAUUAUUUUUGCUGGUACCUGAUCAGGACACCCCUAGUGAGCUUGAAAAAGGUCAGUAUGAACAACGUAUCAAAUUUGGGAAGCCAAACACAAGAAUUCAACAGGCUAGAUUUGGCCCCCGGGCCCCUCUUUGGGCACCCCUGGUGUAAACUAGUCUGUGAUGCAGAUAUAUCCAGCAUAUACUGUAAGAACUAUGAAACUCAUCAAGGAUAGUUCGACUUGUGUUUUACUACAUACACUCAUUACUUCAUUUCUGUUGUUGUUUCACUUUUACUUCAGGCGGGGGUGAAAGCAUUCUGAAGGCCAAAGUAAUCAUGAAGUGUGCUUAGUUAACAUUCUCACUGGUUGAGCGUGUCAGGAAGUUGACAUCAGACCAUGGUAGCAGGAAGCAGGUGACCUGAUACUGCACAAAAAAACACUCUUUCAGCUGAUACUGUUUUUUAAAAAAGUCUUCUCUAAUUGUGAGGCCGUAGUUGUGUACAGGCUGACAGCUGAUGAGAUGAGUGGGAGGAAGGCUAGGAAAAGGCAGAGGGAGCUGGUGUGUUCAUGGUGAGAGAGACACUAACCAUGAAUACCUCCCCAGAAUGAAAAGUUGAAUGCAUGAACAGAUUAGAUUGGAGCAGAAAUGCGUUGAAUGAGCAAUCAAUGACUCUGCCAGCAGAAAACAUUUUCUCUUCAGUUCUGCAGACUUAUUUGUUAACACCAGCAUGUUGGAAACAUAUUUGAUGUGCACAAACGGCAGCGUAACAAAACAAUGUUUCUAGUUCCAUUAUUCAUCUCUGCAUCUUUUAUUUGUAUUUGAGAAAUUCCAGUAUUGCUGUCUCAAACAAGUGAAAGCAGCUCACAGCUUUUAUUAAUGUUUCACCUGCCAAAUCAUUCCAUAUUUUCAGACAAAUAGCGAAUAAGCGUCAUUCAAACCAGUGUAACUUUUCACAGAUAUUAGGAGUAGGAGGUUGUGGUGAUUCCUGCCACCUCUUAAUGCUAAGUUUGUACUGUACUGCAAUUAUUUAAACAUGCAUUUUUGUACAACUGUAGUUUCAGGCAAGGUAGUGAUAGUCUGUGUCGCUUGGUGUGCUUACCGUAUUUCCUUCAAAUGCCGCCGGGGCGCUAAUUCAUUUAAAACCUCUUCUCACUCCGGCGCUUACCAAAGGCAUGCGGUAAAUUUAGGCCCGCGCUUAAGAAUUUGAGUGUGAUGUAAGGAUACCAUCAUGAAAAGCACAUUUAAUUAAAAAAAACGUUAUUAUGGUCUUACCUUUACUUAUAAAUGAAGUCCAUGCGCAGCUCCUUCUGAUCAAAAGCAUUGAUAACUUGUUUAUUGAAGUCUUCCUUAUCUUUCUUCAGUUUUAAAAGUCUCUCUGUCUCGAUGGAGAUCUUCCUUUAUUACCUCCUGCUUCGAUUGAAGGUCCAGUUUAGAAAAGUGUUUUAUUUUAGAUAUGUAAUCCUCCAUGUUAAAAGUGCAAGCGAGAGGAAAAAAUAAACGAUCGCUGCUCACUCUUGCUGCUUGUUGUCACUUCUUCUGCAGCCGAGUAGUCGCAAGAAGGAUCACUAGCGCCCUCUACCACCAGGAGGCGGGAGUCAUUUAAUGACUCAUAUUUGACACACGCAGCUACGGUAUAUUAAUAAAACAUAGCUGCUUACUGUUCUUUUUAGCAUAUUGAACAGCUUGGACCUUAAAUCCUACUGAACAGCUCUUAAUCUUCUUCCCUUUAUGCGAUUUCCAAUGAUUGAAAUCAGCCUCCUCCAUUUUGAAAAUGAUGACAGGUGAAGUGUCACUCGUGACGUGACGAGUUUGACCCUGUGGAAAUUCUGGACAUGCGCUAAUAAAAAUAAUAUUUUGCGAAACGAGUUUGACCCGGCAGUAAUUCUAGACAGGCGCAUACUAUAUACCCGGCGGCAAUUCAAGGAAAUACGGUAUGCUUGAUAACCACUCUAACAAUGACAGUGAAAGAAAGUGGUAUUGCAACCAUGCAGUCAGUCCGAGUCCAUGUUGGUGUUGACAGUCAUUUGUGUAAAAACCAGCAAGGAAGAUGACCACCAGGUUUAGUUCACAUGAUGGAAGGUGCUUUGGUCUUUCUGUGCAGUGUUUUAAAGCCGUGGUUUGCAAACAUUUUUUCACCAACUCAGAAAGGACUUUGCUCUUCAAGUACCACCUAAUGGCCAACAUUGAAAUACAGUAGGUCUAGUGUUCAUUACAAGUAUAUUUAAUAUUUUGGUCACUGUAACAUUACACACAUUUUGAACAGUAACACUGUGUAUGUGAUUAUUUGGCAUGCCACUAGAUCAGGCCUGGACAAUUAUUUUGACUCUGGUGGCCAAAUUUGAAAAAAAAAAUGUGUAUGGGGGCUGGUAUAUCUGAUUUUCAAGAACACAAAUACAAAACCUCACAAUAAUGUCUGAUUGAAUGCUAAAAAACUUUAUGACAGACCGCCUGAAAAAACGGAAUGGGAUUUUAUGUUUUUUUACUGCGUGAGACACCCAGAAUGUCCAUGAAAAUAAAGAAUGUGGGACUGACAAUAUUAACUAUGAAGGAUAAAACACUGAAUUUUGCCAAUAUAUGAACAUCACACCCCCUCUGCAUCCACAUAUUUUACAAUCAAGCAAAAUGCAACAAACACAGCAAAAUAUGAACGCGAAGGGUAAAAAAAAACAAAAAACCUACAAUCUGAUAUAUGCGAUAUAUCACAAAGCUUUACAACUUUCUUGUAAAAAUCUCCUUCCGUGUCUGUCCCUGACACCCACUUUUCAGGUUCUGGAAACACUCUGUGGAAACACUCCCCUCCCACACUGCUUGGUGCCUCGUCUGAGCUGCUGGGACUUAAAUGACCAUAACUACAAACCCUGUUUCCAUCUGGGUUGGGAAAUUGUGUUAGAUGUAAAUAUAAACAGAAUACAAUGAUUUGCAAAUCCUUUUCAAGCCAUAUUCAGUUGAAUAUGCUACAAAGACAACAUAUUUGAUGUUCAAACUCAUAAACAAUUUUUUUUUGUAAGUAAUCAUUAACUUUAGAAUUUGAUGCCAGCAACACGUGACAAAGAAGUUGUGAAAGGUGGCAAUAAAUACUGAUAAAGUUGA